AUGUCGACUCUCGAGCCAGAGUCUGGCAUCUGGUAUGUAAUAUGUUGGCUAGUGCUCAUAACCCGCCUUGUAUCCAGGAAACUUCACCACGGGUCCUGGAAGGCUUUGGAUGUCGAUGACUAUCUGAUCUGCAUUGCUAUGGUCUCAAUGACGGCCUUGAUGGGUGCAAUGCACAUGGUGGUUCGCAGCAGCAGCAACCUCAUUGCCCCUGAUGAAGGUAUCUCAGAGUUCUCACCAGAUGAGAUCCAGAGAAGAAUAUAUGGCUCCAAGCUAGCAUUGGUCGUAGAGCAAAUGCAGUGCUGCACCAUCUGGCUUAUAAAAGCAUGUCUGCUAUUGAUUUAUAAGCACAUGACAGCACUUCUUCCACAGCACAAGGUCGUGAUAUGGGUAUCCGCCUAUACGGCUAUUUCGUUCGUCGUCAUGGAGAUCCUUUACCUCGGCGUCUGGUGCCGUCCGUUCUCGCAGUACUGGGCUGUCCCUGCCGCAAAUCCCCAAUGCUCUGCAGCGACAAAUCACCUUAUUACGAACGCUAUAUUCAACAUCUCCUCGGAUCUCAUGAUCAUAGCAAUCCCCAUGCCCCUCCUGUUCAAAGUUAAGCUACCAAUGAAGAAUAAGGCGAUCUUGAUUGGCAUAUUCCUUAUUGGAACCUUCAACAUUGUCGCGGCUGUCUUGAACAAAUAUUACUCUUUCACGCAUCCUUUCGGACUUGAGUGGACUGCGUGGUACCUCCGCGAGUCCUACACCGCCUUCCUUUGCGCGAACCUACCCCUCACGUACCCGCUCGUCCAACGCAUCUUUAGGCUCAGCAGCUGGCCUCACAACUCCUACGAUGGACGUUACCUAUCUGGAUCGCUGCAACGGUCAGCAUGGCGAUCGAACCGGCGGUCGGAACAGAAGUCCAGAAUCGGGCUCAAGAGCAACCCGCAGCACGGAGGCAUCUCCAAGACCGUCAGCAUCAACGUGUCGAACUCAAGAAGCAUUCUAGAGCUACAGAGAAGCGAGAGCGAAGAGAGGAUAUAUGGGCCUCCGACCUCGCGGAUUGAGUUGGAGCAAAAGACGUUCCCUGGAACAUCGGAACAACACCUAUGGGUGCAGAGCGUCACGAUUCAGAUGGGCCCGGUCAGUCCGUCGAGUGCAAAGGCGGAACGCAUGACUACGAAUGCGAGCACCAAGAGCUUCGAAGAUGCGCACGUCAGAUAUCACGUACUCAACUUUUAA